AUGACGGUCAUUGCUGUGGCUGGUGGAACUGGUGGAGUGGGCAAAACUAUUGUUGAAAAAUUGCUCGACUCUAAAUUUGAUAUUGUCGUCUUGUCUCGCAGUGACUUUGCUUCGCAGAAUAUUCAAAAUGUCCAGAUCAACUACGACAAUAUUCCCUCAAUGGUACGUGCGCUUGAGCGACACAACAUCCACACAAUUAUAUCUGCCAUUGGUCUUGUUUCCGAUGAGGCAAGUCAGUCUCAGUUGAACUUGAUCGAAGCUGCAGAGAGGUCAGCUUCAACGAAAAGAUUUAUCCCCAGUGAAUACUCAUUCGUCCAAACCACGGAAUUACUUCCGAUUGACCCCAGCAUUCAAUACUGGCUUGACGCGGCAGAUCGUCUCAAGGCUAGUGGCUUGCAAUACACGAGGGUAAUCCCUGGUUUCUUUAUGGACUAUUGGGGAAUGCCACAUGUCCAAACUCACCUGCAGCCCUUCACCUUUGGUAUUGAUAUAUCCAGUGGCACUGCCGCAAUCCCAGGUGACGGGACUAACAUGAUCUGUAUGACAUACACGUACGAUAUGGCUGUUUACCUGAUCAAAGCACUUGACCUUGAUGAGUGGCCUGAAUUCAGUAUAAUCGUUGGGGACGAAGUUACCUACAACCAGAUUCUCGGCAUGGCAGAAGAAUUCACCGGUAGGCAUAUCGCACGCCCUUAUUCGAGAUACACCCACAACCUAAUAAUAAUCUCUGAAACAGGCAAAAAAUUCAAGGUAACUUAUGAUAGUCUGGAGCAAAUCAAGACUGGUGAUGUCACCGUCCCUCCCCAGCCAGAGGGAAUGGGAUGCUCAUCGGACGAACUCAAAGAGGUGACUGCGUUGGUGAGCAGGCUCACAGUCAAUAAUGUCUUUCAAUUGCCCGGCGAUCGUCUCAAUAUUCGGUUCCAAGAGGUGAAGCCAAUUACGAUGAGACAAUUUCUACACAAUCCCUGGAACAGAAACAGUGCAUAA